CUGGGAGGUGGUGACUCAGAGAGUGUGGAUAAGACCCAGAGCUGUGUCUGGUCACUCCAGUAGGGGCUCUGUCUGACGUAGGACCAUGGUUAUUCUUCAGCAGGGGGACUAUGUGUGGAUGGACCUGAAGUCAGGCCAGGAGUUUGAUGUACCCAUCGGGGCCGUGGUGAAGCUCUGUGACUCUGGGCAGAUCCAGGUGGUGGAUGAUGAAGGCAACGAACACUGGAUUUCCCCUCAAAAUGCCACGCACAUCAAGCCGAUGCACCCCACCUCGGUACAUGGUGUGGAGGACAUGAUCCGCCUGGGGGAUCUCAAUGAGGCAGGCAUUCUGCGCAACCUGCUCAUUCGCUACAGAGACCACCUCAUCUACACAUACACGGGUUCCAUCUUGGUAGCUGUGAACCCCUACCAGCUGCUCUCCAUCUACUCGCCAGAGCACAUCCGCCAAUAUACCAACAAGAAGAUAGGGGAGAUGCCCCCCCACAUCUUUGCCAUUGCGGACAACUGCUACUUCAACAUGAAACGCAACAGCCGGGACCAGUGCUGUAUCAUCAGUGGGGAGUCCGGAGCAGGCAAGACAGAGAGCACCAAGCUGAUCCUGCAGUUCCUGGCGGCCAUCAGUGGACAGCACUCGUGGAUCGAACAGCAGGUGCUGGAGGCCACUCCCAUCCUGGAAGCGUUUGGGAACGCCAAGACCAUCCGCAAUGACAACUCCAGCCGCUUCGGCAAGUACAUUGACAUCCACUUUAACAAGCGUGGUGCCAUCGAGGGGGCCAAAAUCGAGCAGUACCUGCUGGAGAAAUCUCGAGUCUGCCGCCAGGCCACUGACGAGAGGAACUACCAUGUGUUCUACUGUAUGCUGGAGGGCAUGAAUGAGGAGCAGAAGAAGAAGUUGGGCCUAGGCGAGGCUGCUGACUAUAACUACUUGGCCAUGGGUAACUGCAUCACCUGUGAGGGCCGGGUGGACAGUCAGGAGUAUGCCAACAUCCGCUCAGCCAUGAAAGUGCUCAUGUUCACAGACACGGAGAACUGGGAGAUCUCGAAGCUUCUGGCUGCCAUCCUACACAUGGGCAAUCUACAGUACGAAGCCCGUACAUUUGAAAACUUGGAUGCCUGUGAGGUCCUCUUCUCCCCAUCACUGGCCACAGCUGCUUCACUGCUCGAGGUGAAUCCCCCAGAUCUGAUGAGCUGUCUCACUAGCCGCACCCUCAUCACCCGUGGGGAGACAGUGUCCACCCCACUCAGCAGGGAGCAGGCCCUGGAUGUUCGAGAUGCCUUUGUCAAGGGCAUCUAUGGGAGGCUCUUCGUGUGGAUUGUGGACAAGAUCAAUGCCGCAAUCUACAAGCCUCCCUCGCAGGAAGUGAAGAACUCUCGCCGGUCCAUCGGCCUCCUGGACAUCUUUGGGUUUGAGAACUUCACUGUGAACAGCUUCGAGCAGCUCUGCAUUAACUUUGCCAAUGAGCACCUGCAGCAGUUCUUUGUGCGGCAUGUAUUCAAGCUGGAGCAGGAAGAGUAUGAUCUUGAGAGCAUUGACUGGUUACAUAUUGAGUUCACUGACAACCAGGACGCACUCGACAUGAUUGCCAACCGACCAAUGAAUGUCAUCUCCCUCAUCGACGAGGAGAGCAAGUUCCCCAAGGGCACGGAUGCCACCAUGCUGCAUAAACUGAACUCACAGCACAGGCUCAAUGCCAACUACGUGCCACCCAAGAACAGCCACGAUACCCAGUUUGGAAUCAACCACUUUGCCGGCAUUGUUUAUUAUGAGACUCAAGGCUUCCUGGAGAAGAACCGGGACACCCUGCAUGGGGACAUCAUCCAGCUGGUCCACUCUUCCCGGAACAAGUUCAUAAAGCAGAUCUUCCAGGCUGACGUCGCCAUGGGUGCUGAGACCAGGAAGCGCUCGCCUACACUCAGCAGCCAGUUCAAGCGGUCGCUGGAGCUGCUGAUGCGCACACUGGGUGCCUGCCAGCCGUUUUUCGUGCGUUGCAUCAAACCCAAUGAGUUCAAGAAGCCCAUGCUCUUUGACCGACACCUGUGUGUACGGCAACUGCGAUAUUCAGGCAUGAUGGAGACGAUCCGCAUCCGGCGUGCGGGCUACCCCAUCCGCUACAGCUUUGUGGAGUUUGUGGAGCGCUACCGUGUGCUGCUACCCGGAGUGAAGCCGGCAUACAAGCAGGGUGACCUCCGAGGGACAUGCCAGCGCAUGGCCGAGGCUGUGCUGGGCACACACGAUGACUGGCAGAUCGGCAAAACCAAGAUCUUUCUGAAGGACCACCAUGACAUGUUGCUGGAGGUGGAGAGGGACAAGGCCAUCACAGACAGAGUCAUCCUCCUCCAGAAGGUCAUCCGGGGCUUCAAAGACAGGCGUAGCUCAGAAGCCGAGGAACUAUGGCUUGGGAUCUCACCAGAUGCGUGGGCACUGUUGCUUGGAAGGAUGCGACUUGGCUUCCUGCGGCUGCAGGCCCUGCACCGCUCCCGGAAGCUGCACCAGCAGUACCGCUUGGCGAGACAGCGCAUAAUAAAGUUCCAGGCCCGCUGCCGAGCCUACCUGGUGCGCAAGGCCUUCCGCCACCGCCUCUGGGCAGUGAUCACUGUGCAGGCCUACACCCGAGGCAUGAUCGCCCGCCGACUACACAGGCGCCUCCGGGCCGAGUACCGGCGGCGCCUUGAGGCGGAAAAGAUGCGGCUGGCAGAGGAGGAGAAGCUCCGGAAGGAGAUGAGUGCCAAGAAAGCCAAGGAGGAGGCGGAGCGGAAGCAUCAGGAGCGUCUGGCCCAGCUAGCCCGUGAGGAUGCAGAGCGGGAGCUGAAGGAGAAGGAGGAGGCUCGGAGGAAGAAGGAGCUACUGGAGCAGAUGGAGAAGGCCCGCCAUGAGCCCAUCAACCACUCAGAUAUGGUGGACAAGAUGUUUGGCUUCCUGGGGACUUCAAGUGGCCUGCCAGGCCAGGAGGGCCAGGCACCUAGUGGCUUUGAGGACCUGGAGCGAGGGCGGAGGGAGAUGGUGGAAGAGGACCUGGAUGCAGCCCUGCCUCUGCCCGAUGAGGAUGAGGAGGACCUUUCUGAGUACAAAUUCGCCAAAUUUGCUGCCACCUACUUCCAGGGCACGACCACACACUCCUACACCCGGAGGCCCCUCAAGCAGCCACUGCUGUACCAUGAUGAUGAGGGUGACCAGCUGGCGGCACUGGCUGUCUGGAUCACCAUCCUCCGGUUCAUGGGGGACCUCCCAGAGCCCAAGUACCACACAGCCAUGAGUGACGGCAGCGAGAAGAUCCCUGUGAUGACGAAGAUCUAUGAGACCUUAGGCAAGAAGACAUACAAGAGAGAGCUGCAGGCCCUGCAGGGCGAGGGCGAGGCCCAGCUCCCUGAGGGGCAGAAGAAAAGCAGUGUGAGGCACAAGUUGGUGCACUUGACUCUAAAGAAGAAGUCCAAACUCACGGAAGAGGUGACCAAGAGGCUGCACGAUGGGGAAUCCACAGUGCGGGGCAACAGCAUGCUGGAGGACCGGCCCACCUCAAACCUGGAGAAGCUGCACUUCAUCAUCGGCAAUGGCAUCCUGCGGCCUGCACUGCGGGAUGAGAUCUACUGCCAGGUCAGCAAGCAGCUCACACACAACCCAUCCAAGAGCAGCUACGCCAGGGGCUGGAUCCUCGUGUCUCUCUGCGUGGGCUGCUUUGCCCCUUCUGAGAAGUUCGUUAAGUACCUACGGAACUUCAUCCACGGGGGCCCACCUGGCUACGCCCCAUACUGUGAGGAGCGCCUGAGGAGGACCUUUGUCAAUGGAACUCGGACACAGCCACCCAGCUGGCUGGAGCUGCAGGCCACCAAGUCCAAGAAACCCAUCAUGUUGCCUGUGACCUUCAUGGACGGGACCACUAAGACUCUGCUAACAGAUUCAGCAACCACGGCCAAGGAGCUGUGCAAUGCCCUGGCUGACAAGGUCUCGCUCAAGGACCGCUUUGGCUUCUCCCUCUACAUCGCACUGUUUGAUAAGGUGUCCUCCCUGGGCAGUGGCAGUGACCACGUCAUGGAUGCAAUCUCCCAGUGUGAGCAGUAUGCCAAGGAGCAGGGCGCACAGGAGCGCAACGCUCCGUGGAGGCUCUUCUUUAGAAAGGAGGUCUUCACACCCUGGCACAACCCCUCAGAGGACAACGUGGCCACCAACCUCAUCUACCAGCAGGUGGUUCGAGGAGUCAAGUUUGGGGAGUACAGGUGUGAGAAGGAGGAUGACCUGGCUGAGCUGGCCUCCCAGCAGUAUUUUGUGGACUAUGGUUCUGAGAUGAUUCUGGAGCGUCUGCUGAGCCUUGUGCCCACUUACAUCCCUGACCGCGAGAUCACGCCCCUGAAGACUCUUGAGAAGUGGGCACAGCUGGCCAUUGCUGCCCACAAGAAGGGAAUUUAUGCCCAGAGGAGAACCGACGCCCAGAAGGUCAAAGAGGAUGUGGUCAAUUAUGCCCGCUUCAAGUGGCCCUUGCUCUUCUCCAGGUUUUAUGAAGCCUACAAAUUCUCAGGCCCUCCCCUCCCCAAGAGUGACGUCAUUGUGGCUGUCAACUGGACGGGUGUCUACUUCGUGGAUGAGCAGGAGCAGGUGCUUCUGGAGCUGUCCUUCCCAGAGAUCAUGGCUGUGUCCAGCAGUAGGGGAGCGAAACUGAUGGCCCCCAGCUUCACACUGGCCACCAUCAAAGGGGACGAGUACACCUUCACAUCUAGCAAUGCCGAGGACAUCCGUGACCUGGUGGUCACCUUUCUGGAGGGACUCCGGAAGAGGUCUAAGUAUGUGGUGGCACUGCAGGACAACCCCAACCCUGCUGGUGAGGAGUCGGGCUUCCUCAGCUUCGCCAAGGGAGACCUCAUCAUUCUCGACCAUGACACCGGUGAGCAGGUCAUGAACUCAGGCUGGGCCGGUGGUAUCAACGAGAGGACCAAGCAGCGUGGGGACUUCCCCACUGACUGUGUAUACGUCAUGCCCACUGUCACCCUGCCACCACGGGAGAUUGUGGCCUUGGUCACCAUGACCCCAGACCAGAGGCAGGAUGUUGUCCGGCUCUUGCAGCUGCGCACAGCAGAGCCAGAGGUGCGCUCCAAGCCCUACACGCUGGAGGAGUUCUCCUAUGACUACUUCAGACCCCCACCCAAGCACACGCUGAGCCGUGUCAUGGUGUCCAAGGCCCGUGGUAAGGACCGGCUGUGGAGCCACACACGAGAACCACUCAAGCAAGCCCUGCUCAAGAAGAUCCUGGGCAGUGAGGAACUCUCCCAGGAAGCCUGCAUGGCCUUCAUAGCUGUACUCAAGUACAUGGGUGACUACCCAUCCAAGAGGACACGCUCUGUCAAUGAGCUCACUGACCAGAUCUUUGAGGGGGCACUGAAGGCUGAACCCCUCAAAGAUGAGGCCUACGUGCAGAUUCUGAAGCAGCUGACUGACAAUCACAUCAGGUACAGCGAAGAGCGGGGCUGGGAGCUUCUCUGGCUGUGUACAGGCCUCUUCCCACCCAGCAACAUCCUCCUGCCCCACGUGCAGCGUUUCCUGCAGUCUCGCAAGCACUGCCCUCUGGCCCUGGACUGCCUGCAGCGGCUCCAGAAAGCGCUGAGAAAUGGGUCCCGGAAGUACCCCCCACAUCUGGUGGAGGUGGAGGCCAUCCAGCACAAGACCACCCAGAUAUUCCACAAGGUCUACUUCCCCGACGACACUGACGAGGCUUUUGAGGUGGAGUCCAGCACCAAGGCCAAGGACUUCUGUCAGAACAUCGCCAGCCGGCUGCUCCUCAAGUCUUCCGAGGGAUUCAGCCUUUUUGUCAAAAUCGCAGACAAGGUCAUCAGUGUCCCUGAGAAUGACUUCUUCUUUGACUUUGUUCGACACCUCACAGACUGGAUAAAGAAAGCACGACCCAUCAAGGAUGGAAUCGUGCCCUCGCUCACCUACCAGGUGUUCUUCAUGAAGAAGUUGUGGACCACCACAGUGCCAGGCAAGGACCCCAUGGCCGACUCCAUCUUCCAUUAUUACCAGGAGUUGCCCAAGUAUCUCCGAGGCUACCACAAGUGCACUCGGGAGGAGGUGCUGCAGCUGGGCGCACUCAUCUACAGGGUCAAGUUUGAGGAGGACAAAUCCUACUUCCCCAGCAUCCCCAAGUUGCUGAGGGAGCUGGUGCCCCAGGACCUCAUCCGGCAGGUCUCACCUGAUGACUGGAAGCGGUCCAUUGUCGCCUACUUCAACAAGCAUGCAGGGAAGUCCAAAGAGGAGGCCAAGCUAGCCUUCCUGAAGCUCAUCUUCAAGUGGCCCACCUUCGGCUCAGCCUUCUUCGAGGUGAAGCAAACUACAGAACCAAACUUCCCUGAGAUUCUCUUAAUUGCCAUUAACAAGUACGGGGUCAGCCUCAUUGAUCCCAGAACCAAGGACAUUCUGACUACUCACCCCUUCACCAAGAUCUCCAACUGGAGUAGCGGCAACACUUACUUCCACAUCACCAUUGGGAACUUGGUCCGUGGGAGCAAACUGCUCUGUGAGACGUCACUGGGCUACAAAAUGGAUGAUCUCCUGACUUCCUACAUCAGCCAGAUGCUCACAGCCAUGAGCAAACAGAGGAACUCCAGGAGCGCCAGGUGAACAGGAGAAUAGGCGCUGGUGGAGGCCCUGGCCGUCUAGGUAGGGAGGCUCGGCUGGGCUCUGACCUGUCUGCCAUGAGGUCAGAACUUUCCCGCACCCUCCUCUGGUGCCUGGGUUUGCUUUACCCUGCUUUGCUGUGGCCUCCUGGUGUAAGAGCCUGUGCUCCCUGGACACAGCUCCCGACUCAGACCAGCUCUGUCAAGUGACCUCUUUUGACUUUCUGUGUACUGCUGGGAAGAGGAAUGAAGGACAACUCAGCUGUCUCCACCCGAGGGACAAUUUAACCAUAUGUGCAUUGAAAUGAUGCUCUGAAACCCAAGAGACUGACUCGGAGUCCGCAGCACUGGCUCCUGCCAUGAGCACUACCAUCGAGGCCUGCCUGGAAGACUCCUUCAGUGUCAUCUUACUGCUCCCGGGAGAGCUCCUAGACUACCUCCUGAGUCUGGACAAAGCCUCCUGGUUCUACCUGGAUCACUUCUGUGUAUGACAGUUACAUGUCGGGUCCCUGCUAAAAUCCCCCGACCACCUGCGGGCAUAAAGCAUGUGUCUUACCCUCUG